GGUAUGUGUUGGGUAUGCAUGUAUGCUUGCAUUGGGCACAUGUUGGAUAUACACGUGUGUUUGUGUUGGGUAUGUGCUGGGUAUGCAUGUGUUGGGUGCAUUUAAUUUAUUUGCAGGGUUUGGGGAGAGAAGCAUUGAAACAUUUGCGGGGGGGAAUCCCACCAAAUAAAUCAUAUGACCUAUGGGCACAUAUAUCCAAGGGAAAUGAGGUGUCAAGUUUUGGUUCUCACUGGAUUCUUAAAUAAUAAAGCAAAGGACGCGGUAGAAUAGGCAGAGCUGCUCUCACCGCGUUUUGAGAUAAUGUGUUCAGUAAUGCAGCAGAAACCCAUUAAACAAAUAAUCUUGUUUCCCCGACCUUUCAGUCCACUGACAAAUCCUUUCUCCUUUAACAGGAUUUGUUUCGGAGAGCUCGACCACGUGAUCUGGCACUCUGGAAAUGUCUUCAUUUAACAGAUCUAAGCCCACAUCCUAUUUUCUGUCAAUCCCAUUGACUUCGGCUGAACUUCAUUGAGAACAGAGUAUAACCCUUUCCCCUUUCAUCUGGUUCUCCUCUCACCUUUCCCUUUGCAGGGCACUGGAAAUGUAUGCUUUUAACAGCGUGUUUCCUUAUCAGCUGUGAGGCUGAGCCCUGUGGGAAAUCUGGAUAUCUUUGGCCCUUUCAAUCAGAGUAAAUAUAUUCUCUUAAAUAAUCUAUUCCCUUAGCAGACACACGUUCAUGUUGGCCUCAUGGAAGCUACUCAAGCUGGAGGGCAAAGAGCUUAUGAAUUGUAAUUCUACCACUUGUAUGUACCAUGAUGAAUUUAAGUCACAUACCAGCAGUCUUGAGAUUACAACUCAUGAGUCAUGACUUUCUUUAAAACCACAGCCCAGCCUCAAGCUAAAGUUGAGGCCCUUCUGUCUCUGUAAGAGAUACGGUACUUGAGCAACCCUAAAACAGUCCAUUCAGUACAGGUCUGUCAUCCAGGUACUGGGAGAGCAAUGGAAGACCCCAGAUAUCCGUUAUCAGACCUUUGCAAAUAAUGAAGAGCAACAGACCUGGAAUUUUAAAAACCUGAGCUGUCAAGAUGAGAGGACCAGGCAGUGAUAAAUGUAGGGCAACUAGACAUAGCGAUAUGUACGUGAAUUACUUCGAGAGAAGGGGUCAGAUUGAAGGAGAAUGGGAUGAAUGAAACAAUCCCUAGCCAAAAGAUGGAUUAAGGGAAGAAAAGGCUGAUGAUAUAGGAGAAACCAUUGCAACUGGUUGUUGCAACUGCCAUGGACAACUGCCAUUGCAACUGUCAUGGGCAACCAUUGCAACUGGCAAUGCAACUGCCGUGGACAACCAUUGCAACUGGCGAUGCAACUGCUGUGGACAACCAUUGCAACUGUCCUUUGCAACUGCCGUGGACAACCAUUGCAACUGCCAUUGCAACUGUCAUGGGCAACCAUUGCAACUGGCGAUGCAACUGCUGUGGACAACUGCCAUUGCAACUGUCCAUUGAAACUGCUGUGGACAACCAUUGCAGUUGGUCAUUGCAACUGCCAUGGACAACCAUUGCAACUGCCAUUGCAACUGGCCACUGCAACUGCUGUGGACAACCAUUGCAACUGUCCAUUGCAACUGCCAUGGACAACCAUUGCAACUGCCAUUGCAACUGCUGUGGACAACCAUUGCAACUGUCCAUUGCAACUGCCAUGGACAACCAUUGCAACUGCCAUUGCAACUGCUGUGGACAACCAUUGCAACUGUCCAUUGCAACUGGCCACUGCAACUGCUGUGGACAACCAUUGCAACUGCCAUUGCAACUGGCCACUGCAACUGCUGUGGACAACCAUUGAAACGUGCAUUGCAACUGCCAUGGACAACCAUUGCAACUGCCAUUGCAACUGCUGUGGACAACUGGCAUUGCAAUUGUCCAUUGCAACUGCUGUGGACAACCAUUGCAACUGCCAUUGAAACUGGCCAUUGCAACUGCCGUGGACAACCAUUGCAACUGGUCAUUGCAACUGCAGUGGACAACUGCCAUUGCAACUGUCCUUUGCAACUGCUGUGGACAACCAUUGCAACUGCCAUUGCAACUGGCCAUUGCAACUGCCGUGGACAACCAUUGCAACUGCCAUUGCAACUGUCAUGGGCAACCAUUGCAACUGGCGAUGCAACUGCUGUGGACAACUGCCAUUGCAACUGUCCAUUGAAACUGCUGUGGACAACCAUUGCAACUGCCAUUGCAACUGCCAAGGACAACCAUUGCAACUCCCAUUGCAACUGGCCACUGCAACUGCUGUGGACAACCAUGGCAACUGUCCAUUGCAACUGCCAUGGACAACCAUUGCAACUGCCAUUGCAACUGCUGUGCACAACCAUUGCAACUAGUCAUUGCAACUGGCCACUGCAACUGCUGUGGACAACCAUUGAAACGUGCAUUGCAACUGCCAUGGACAACCAUUGCAACUGCCAUUGCAACUGCUGUGGACAACUGGCAUUUCAAUUGUCCAUUGCAACUGCUGUGGGCAACCAUUGCAACUGCCAUUGCAACUGCCGUGGGCAACUACAGCAACCAUAAGGUACACAGGCUUCUAGGUUGUGCUGGAAGAAGAGCUGAAUGCAGAACACAAGGUGAGAUGCCGUGAUGGAGUCCUGUGUCCAGUGCAGGACACCAUCCCACGGAGAGGAGAGGAGCUGCCUGGUUUGCAGGGGGUUCAGGGAAUAGCAGUGUGCACAACCUCUGAUCUGAAGAAACGUGAGAGAGUUUCAGGAACCAGUUUUACCUUGCAAGUCUGUUGAAACAGGAUUUCCAGGGGAUCAGGACAGGUGGGGGAGGCUUGAAGGGGCUGGUGAGAACCUAGUACGAAGGAGGAAAGCGCAGCGUGGAUGCAUUUUUCCUUCCCUGAAACAGCAUGGGCUUCUGACCAGGUGCUGAGCUAAGAAGAAAGCUCGGCUCUCCACGACGCAACCUGCCGCCAAGCAGCCUAAUCUCUUGGGAUACUGAGUCUGCAAUGACCCCCAGGGCAGCUUCGCAGCAGAAUUGGGGCUGCCCUGCUUUUUCAUCGUUUGUAAGAAAAAGGAGUCUCCUCUAGAUCCCUUCUCUCUCCUCUCAUCUAACUCUGGCAUUGCUUAAGUCUUAUCCCACAGACUGGAUGGCCUGUGGUUCACGGGGCACCGCCAGAUAUUGCUCUAGAAAAAAUAACCCUCCUUUUUUGGAGAAGAGUUUAACAUCAUCAGCCUUUUGCUUGUUCCUCCACCAGACCAAGGCAGCCCUUCAGGAUCACAGACAUCCUUUGCCAGUUGAGCAAACUGAUGCUUAAUUGUUUUCUGGAAGUGCUGCGCCUCGUAUAUCCAAGAUUGCCACCUGCCCUGAUCGUCUGGGGACGGGGUCUCUGGCUUCAUCGUCCCAUUCUGCAUCUGCACAAUUAUUUCAGUGGGUUGAAUUUGAAAUAAACCCCAAAUUUAUUUUUUCCCCGUGGAAAACACUUCCGUUGGUUGCCUGCCCACGUGGCAUCGUCACGUUAAGAGCAAUGAUUUGCACUAUCACGUUUGUGUCUCCAAAGUUGCAGUCUCACCGCAUCACAGAUAAGGAUCGUAGAAAAAUGAGGCCUGAAGAGAUCUCAGGAAGUGAAAUCUAGUCCAAGCACUGCUCGAGACAGGAGCAACCCGGUCUGAGCCAUCCCAGACAGAUGUUUGCUCAACCUGUGCUUAUAAAUUCCAGUGACAGAGACUUCACAACCGCUCCAGACUCAAUCAGCCCAAUUCCCUCAGCCUUUCUUCAUAAAGUUUCCCACUGCCAAGCUCAAAAGGCGACGGCUUCCAGGGACAGCGCCGUGGAUGUGAACAUGAGGCAAGAGCUCGCCCCCGGGAAGUUUUUCUCAUCCUACGGCAGCGAACGCCAACAGGAGAACGCGCCACGUCAGCCCCAGGUUGUGAAACUUUUCU